AUGAUCGUGGUCACGGCCGUCGAGCAGCUGGUCAUAUUCGUCGUCCUCGCGUUUCUGCAUGUUUUCGUCUCCCUCUUCCUCCGCCGUUCAGACGGAUCCGUGCGGCGAUGGCUGGAGGACAACAUGUUCAUGUCCACGCCGUGCAGCGACUCGUUCACGGGCGGCGUCGCAACGCGAGACGUGGUGAUAAAUCCCCGCACCCGCCUUUCAGCUCGCCUAUUCCUCCCGCGUACAGGCCUAGUUGCCGCCACCAUGGGGGAGCGGGCUUCUUUAGGCCUGACUUGCUACCGCGUGCUGCGUCGCUACCUACCCUCGUGGUGCUGCGUGCUCGCGCACGACUGGGACGAGGAACCUGUUGCCGCUGUUCAUCCUAUGGGAGACGCCGACUUCACUGACCUCGGUAAUGGGACUGCCGCGGCAGCUAGUGCCGCGGAGGUAGCGUCGGCGUUCCGCCAAUGCUCUGGCAUUUGUUCAGAGUCACAUGCGCGCGGAGCCCGUUUGCCCGUGCUGGUCUUCUUCCAUGGCGGCGGGUUCAUGUACUGCACUGCCGCCUUCCGCGCCUACGACUUUUUCUGCCGCCACCUCGCGCUCCUCGUGGGCUGCAUCGUGGUGAGCGUCGACUACCGCCGCACGCCCCACAGCCGCUUCCCCGAGCCGUACCUGGAUGCGCUGGACGCCCUCGCGUGGGUGGGAGAGCAGACCAGUGCUUGCGGGGAAGACGAAAUGUCGCUGGCACAGGGAGGCGUGCGGAAGGAAGGGGAGGCAUGGAGUGGCAGAGAAGUGACGAUGGAUAGUGUGAUGGGAGUGGAAGAAUGCGAUGGUGAGCCCCGAGGAGUGGAGCCUUGGCUGCGGCUUUACGGCGACAGCAGGCGAGUGAUGCUCAUGGGCGACAGUGCAGGCGGUAACAUCGUGCACAACGCAUUGCUCAUGCUGCUGCAACCGUCGCUGGACCUGGCAUCGCCGGUAGGCGGCUCUGCACUGUGCCAAGCAGCAACGCUUGCAGCGACGGAUAGAUGUAAGGCACUCUUGGCAGCAGCAGGUGAAAACAAAUCGCGAGCAGCUGCUUCUGACAGUAGCGCCUCUUCGCACGCAGGGCGCAUGCAGCCAGUGAGGGCGUUUGGGCUAACUAUAGUGGCGAGCGUGCUCAUCUGCCCGUACUUCGGGUCCGAGCAGCGGACGGAGUCAGACACCCGGCGGCAGCACAACCUGACGUUCAACCUGCGCAACACUGACCGGGCGUGGCGGGAUUUCCUCCCGCCAGGCAGCUCGAGAGACCACUAUGCAUCCAACCCGUCGAAGCUGGCCGACAGCAGCGCGUUAGCUGUGUUUCCCCCCACCUUGGUGGUGGUGGCGUCACAGGACGUGCUGCACGACCACGGCGUGGCGUACCACGAGCUCAUGCGCCGCCACAAGGCCCCCUGCACCCUGCUUCGCUUCCAGGCCGCUCACGACUUCGUAGUAAUCUUCCCCAAGCUCAGGGAGAGUGAGAGAUGCUUUGGCGCGCUCUCAUGCUUCAUGGAAACACUGAAAGGCACAUGA